CAUUUUGUUUUUUUUGUGCAAAAUUGAUUUUUUUUGGUGAGUGCUCUAUUUAGUGACUUUAGUGGAUUCGGUAGCCAUGUUGGAACUAUAAUUUAUGGGGCAAUUAAAUUGCUCCAAACGUAGGCGUUUACAUUUUACAUAAAUCGAAAGUGUUUUAAAUUAAGUUUUGGUUAUUUUCAAUCAAAACAGUGUCGGGGAGUGUUUACGACAAUUCUUGUUUUCGUUUUGGCCAUUUCUUGUGCGAAAAUGUGUGCGAGAAGUUCCACCUUUGGAAGAAAAAACCGCUCAGAAGCCGCCGAUUAAGACCAUCGGAUUCCGCUGGUUUUAAUUACCAUAUAAAAAAGUAUUGGCGACAAAUGCAGAAAUAAUGGGCUUCGAUGAAUCGAACCCGGAAGAGCCCUACGGCGCUAAAUAACGGAAACUCGCAAUUUUUUUCAAAUAGAAAAAGACAUGUUUACAAAAUGUCAUCAACGCUUCUGAAGAGUCAUUGAACUUGUUAUUAAUGAGUUAAUUUGGAAUUCGCCGAAAAUUGUUAAACGAAGGUGCCGUCAAACGAUCACUCAUGACAUUGUUUUGUACUAGAGAGUUCCAUUUUUGUAAAAAUUCAUGGGCAACGAGAACCGAGAUAUGGAGACUGAGUCCAUAAAGUCCGAAAACAGUUCAAGAUCGAGACGUUCCAGGGGGCAUAGAGAGAGAAAUAAUUACCGACAGCAUUCCCAUCGAAGCACCAGAAGUAGUAAAUCGCGCAAGAACGACGACAUGGCCCCCUUUCAGACCGCCGUCACGCUCACCCCCGACAACCGCGACGGACAAGAAGUCAUCGAGGUCCAAAUUUUGCCCCAGGAUGACAACUGGGGCGAAAACACCACUGCCAUAACGGGAAACACGUCCGAACAGUCUCAAUCCACCGAAGACGUGAGCAACUGGCCUGGUGAACCUGACACCGGGCUGUCUUUCGUCUGCCAAAGAUACAUGGGAACAGUGCUAACUUACGUUCUUUCCAUAGUGGCCUUCCUGAGCCCCCUAGCCAUGGUGGUUUUACCAAAACUGGGCUUCUUCCCCGCGCUGUCGUCACGAUUGGGGCUAGCAGACAGCACCAAGCUGCUGGCUUGUGGCGCCGAAUGCAAAGGACAGUUAGUGUCUUUAGCUUUCAAAAUGGCAAUACUGGCAGUAGGGGCGUGGGCGGUUUUUUUGCGGAAGCCGCACGCGACUCUGCCUAGGUUUUUUCUGUUCCGAGCUGCCGUGUUGGCGUUUGUUUUAGUUUGUAGUUUCGCGUAUUGGUUGUUUUAUAUUGUUCAGGUGACGGAGACGGCCAGGGCUGCCACCACUCCGGAAGAAACGGUAGAUUAUAAGGCACUAGUAGCGUAUGCUUCUAGUUUGACUGAUACGUUACUUUUUAUUCACUACUUAGCUGUAGUUUUAGUGGAAAUAAGGCACCUGCAACCUAUGUAUUACAUCAAGGUUGUACGGAGUCCAGAUGGCGCUAGUCGUGCUUACGGUAUAGGGCAGCUGAGUAUCCAAAGGGCGGCUGUUUGGGUCCUCGAGAAGUACUACACCGAGUUUCCGAUUUACAACCCGUACUUGGAGCGCAUCCCGGUGUCCAAAUCCCGGAAGAACUCCUCUAGUUUUAAGUUCUAUGAAGUCGACGGUGUCAACAACACGAGUUUGCAGCAGUCCCAGUCCCGAGCUAUGUUGGCGGCGCAUGCGCGCCGCCGUGACUCGAGCCACAACGAGCGCUUCUACGAAGAACACGAGUACGAACGAAGAGUGAAGAAGCGCAGGGCGAGGCUAAUCACGGCCGCUGAAGAGGCUUUCACACACAUUAAACGCUUACAUAACGACCAAGUGCCUGCCAUUCCGAUGGAUCCUCACGAAGCCGCGCAGGCGAUUUUUCCUUCGAUGGCUCGGGCCUUGCAGAAGUACCUCAGGGUGACGAGGCAGCAGCCGCGUCACUCCGUAGAGUCGAUUUUAGCGCAUUUGGCCAAUUGUUUGAGCAACGAUCUCACCCCUAAGGCGUUUCUGGAGCAGUACUUAAUCAGCGAGCCGGUUUUGCAGAACGAGAAGGAGGUGAAGGAGGUGCAGACGUGGGCGCUGAUUUGCGAGGAGUUGCUGACGAGGCCUAUAGGGGAUAGUACUAGUUUUCAGCUGAGGCAGAACGACGUGUCGCUGUUGUGUUCUAUAAGGAAGUUUCCGCAUUUUAAUAUUACGGAGGAGGUGGUGGAUCCGAAAAGUAACAAAUUUGUUUUGAGGUUGAAUUCGGAAACGUCGGUAUGACCUAUAGUUUACGAUCGACUGAUUUAGACAUAUCAGUUGACGAGUUGAUAUUCCAUUUGUAUAAGUACUGUGUGUAUUUUUGUAAAAACGGUUUUUCUUUUUUGUAUAGGAUACUCAAGCAAUUGUGAUAUGUUUUGGUUGCAAUAAUCAUUUCCGCUCAAAGAAUACUCUCUAUUUAUUUCUUUUUUACUUUUUUAUUAUUGUUUACGAAUGCACAAAGUGUAAAUUUUAGCACAGCGUAAGUUAAUUCCGAUAGUGAAUCUCGAUUUUACUAUGUACAUACUUCAUGAGUCCAAUUUCUUGUAAACUGUUGUUGAUAUAUUAUACACACGUGGAGUAUUUAGAAAACCAUUUACAAAAAUGUAGUCGAAGUAGAAAUAGUUUGCAAUACUUUGGACGAAAGGUGCCUAACAUUUUAGACAAAUUUUUAACAUGUGGGUGCAAUUUCUAUACUAUGUAGCCUUUUAGCUUAUCGCAAAGAUCAGUAUUCCAAAAAUAAGACAUGAAUGUAACAUUUUAUAAAUCUAUUGAUGUAUGUACACCGUUUUGUGAAGUGUGAAUAAAUGUACUAAUUUU